AUGGGGCUGGACUACUACGCCGUGCUGGAGCUGGACCGCGGGGCCACCGCCGACGACAUCAAGAAGGCUUAUCGGAAGUUGGCCCUGAAGUACCAUCCAUUAAAAUGCAAGCAGCCCUGGGGGCCGAAGAGGUUCCAGCAGCUGGCAGAGGCCUACGAUGUGCUCAGCGACCCUAUGAAGAAAGGCAUCUAUGACAAAUUUGGGGAAGAGGGGCUCAAAGGUGGCAUCCCCUUGGAGUUUGCAAGCGACAACCCUUGGAGCGUCGGAUACGUGUUCCACAACAACCCUGAAAAGGUCUUCAGGGAGUUCUUUGGAGGGGACAACCCCUUUGCAGAGUUCUUUGCUGAGGAUGGCUCGGAGGUGCUGCUGCCCUUCGGAGGGCCCCGAGGCCGGGGGGCCCUGCAGCGGGACCCCCCCAUCGUGCGGGACCUCUACGUGUCCCUCGAGGACCUGUUCCAUGGCUGCACCAAGAAGAUUAAGAUCUCCCGCAGGGUGAUGAACCAGGAUGGCCAAACGAGCACCAUCAGGGAUAAAAUCCUAACCAUUGAUGUGCAGCCCGGCUGGAAGCGUGGCACCAGGAUCACCUUUGAGAAGGAAGGGGACCAGGGCCCGAACAUCAUUCCAGCUGACAUCACCUUUGUUGUCCAGGAGAAGCUUCACCCAAGGUUCAAAAGAAUCGACAACAACCUCCUUUAUGUUGCCACCAUCCCCCUGUCAAAGCAGGCACUGACUGGAUGCAGCCUGGAUGUGUGGACACUGGAUGGGAGGCUGCUGAACAUCCCCAUCAACGACAUAGUGGACCCCAAGUACUACAAGAUGGUGCCAGGGGAGGGAAUGCCGCUGGCCCAGGACCCCCAGCGCAAGGGGGACCUCUACAUCUACUUUGACAUCCUCUUCCCCAAGAGGCUCAGCCCUGAGGUGAAAACACUCUUGAGAAGCAUCCUCCAGCCCUAG